AUACGAAGCCCCGUACGGGAACGUCAUGCUAGCCGCCCCAGCAAUCCUCCUCACACCUUUCCCUUGUUCUGUUUCCAGGGCCCUGAUGUCCCUUUAAACUUGUGCUGCAUACUAGCUCCCCAACUGAUUUCUAGAGUCUUGCCUAUUAUUGUUUAGAAUGCGCGUCUCAGAUCCGUCAAGCCUUGCCAUCUCUCCUGAUGACUCGUGUGACAUCUGCCUUACGGUUGAGACAGACUCCGAGUGUGACAAGUAUCCAGCGAAGCAACAUGCGCGCAGGGUCGCUGCCAAACUAGGCGCCCGCGACGGCCUUAUCUAUCUCAUCGGCAAAGCUACCAUAAACUGGGGCGACUCAGACCAACCGCGGCCCUUCCGACAGAGACGCUACUUCUACUACCUGAGUGGCAUAGACGAAGCGGAUUGCUACCUGACAUAUGACAUUCGCAACGAUUUCUUGACUCUUUAUGUUGCCAACUUCAACUUGCACAACGCGAUAUGGAUGGGACCUACGCUGACUCUGAAUGAGGCACGGCAACGAUACGAUGCGGAUGGCUUUCGCUACUAUGAUUCUCUACAUCACGACCUAAGGAGAUGGGUGGACUACUAUAACAAAGACAGCCCGAUCUAUAUCCUGCACAGUUCGCAGAGGCCUGAAAUCGCGUCGGAUCAGCUCUGGCUGGAUGAUGGGUCACUGGUACCUGCAAUGGAUGCUGCGCGGGAGGUGAAGGACGAUUACGAGAUCCAAUUGAUACGUCAAGCCAACAAAAUAUCUGGCCUUGCACAUCGAAGGAUUCUCGAGAACAUACACCGCAUGUCGAAUGAGAGCGAAAUCGAGGGACUGUUUUUGGACACGUGCGUGUCUCAUGGAGCCAAGAACCAGGCUUAUGAAAUAAUCGCCGGAUCUGGCCCUAACGCAGCUGUGCUCCAUUAUGUAAAAAACGAUGAACCUCUCAGCGGGAGACAGCUCGUCUGUCUUGAUGCAGGCGCAGAAUGGGACUGCUAUGCAAGUGACGUCACCCGCACCUUUCCGCUGGGACCAGACUGGCCUAGUGUGUAUGCAAAGGACAUCUACGCCAUCGUAGAGGAGAUGCAGGAAGAAUGCAUCCGACGUGUUAGGCCGGGUGUGCGAUUCCGGGACUUGCAUGAGCUCGCACAUGUCAUUGCCAUCAAAGGACUGCAAAAGCUCGGAAUCCUCGAAAACGGGACCGUAGAAGAAAUCCGUCGAUCCGGAGCGUCUUCAAUUUUCUUCCCCCAUGGUCUGGGCCACCAUGUAGGAUUGGAAGUCCACGAUGUGUCCGCGCAGCCGAUAACGGCGAAUGCACGUUGGACCAAGGAAUUCGUACCACAGAUGAGCACGCCACUCCUUCAAGAGGGGAUGGUGAUUACUAUUGAGCCCGGGGUGUACUUCAACGAGCUCGCGUUGAAGAAUGCCCGAAUGUUGCCGCUGGCGAAGUAUAUUAACUUCGACAAGGCCGAGCACUAUAUCCCUAUUGGCGGAGUGCGCAUUGAAGACGACCUUCUCGUCACUGGCACAGGGUACGAGAAUUUGACCACCGCACCCAAAGGCGUGGAGAUGUUUGAGAUUCUGCGUGGCCGCGGAAAACAAUAAUCGGACAACUGGUCAUUGAUGUCAUGGCCAAAAACCUACGACACCAACUCCGUAUUGCCAAGCACGUAUAUAAAAGCCGAUCCUUUAGAUGGGGCCGGGCCGUCAAAUGUCGGGGGAUCCCUGAAGACCCCCUAGUCUGUAGCUUAAUCCCUCACUAGUAUACCCAAGCAAAGGACAAAAGAAUUUGUCUGAUUUACUGAUCAUUAUCGUAAACUUACACAGUAAUGAACAGGUCAUCAAGCUGAAUAAAGAAAAGACAACACUGCACAGUCCCCUUGGCAUAGAGGAGACCGUCACACACGUGGCGCGUACCUACAGGAUGUGUCAUACGUACCACGCACAAAGGCAGGCGUAAAACAAACCAAAAGGCGGUUUCAGAA